AUGGCGGGAGAGUCAAGCAAGGCCAAGUGACUCAGCCAAGUGACUGACUAGAAAAUGCCGUUACAGCCUUUUAAUUUUGACAAAAAACCAGACAUUCGACUCGUAGUAUACCAAAAUAUAGUCUAUAAGAUUAAGGUGACUUGUAGACAAUCUUCUGACAGAGAAAGUAUUCGACGGUUGUUUUUAGAAGACAAAAACAAUAAAGAUCUAGAGAGAGUUGUUUGUGCCAUAUUGAACACAUAUGAUCUUAUACCAGUGCAAACAGAUAAUUUUGUCGUCUAUCCAUAUAAAAACUACUGGGAAACAAGAGAAAGACUGGUAUUUUCUCAGCAUGGUCAUUUCCUAGAGGCUCAUAAGUAUUCCUUUACAUUUUAUGUGGAAGAGAAACAAAAAAACCAUGGACAAAUUGUACAGACAGACAGAGCUCAAGAACAGGAAGAGCAUGUCAAUCAGACUUCAAUACCAAGUGGUAGCAAAGAGAGAAUUGUUACUGAGUAUGGACAGAAAAACCGUCAUGAUGUUGAAGAGAAGGAACUGAAGGAGUUUCUCAGACUUCAAAAUUUGGCAAGUAAAGAUGAUAAGCAAACUGAAGAUAGUGAGCAGCCCACUUCAGGACUUCAAAAAGUAUUCAAUGCCUUGGUGUCUCCAGUACGAUCAUUACUAGGAAAUUAAAAUAUCUGUUUACUGACAACAUCAUCAGAUUCAUGAGGAAGAAAAUCAUCUUUUUGGUCUGUACAGAGGAAAAGAAUCUGGCAAAAAUAAAAACUAACCAAUUUUAAAACAAAGCUGAGUUGAUAUUUUACAUUGUAUCUUAUAUUGUCAAAUUUAUCACUAAAGUAAAGUUUUAUCAAUAUUUUACACUGCAUACAAAAGACUUUAGAACUUAACUUAUUAUUGUAUUUGUAAAUAUUUGAG